AUUACUACACCUUCUAACGGAAAACUACAUACACACUUUUUUCUUCUAAAACUUUCUUCACAUUCAUCAUAUAAAAUAUGGCUGAAAAAAGCAAGAUUUUGGUAAUCGGCGGCACCGGAUACAUUGGUAAAUUCAUCGUCGAAGCGAGUGCAAAGUUGGGUAAUCCCACAUUUGCGCUUGUUCGCAACGAGACUAUCUCUAAUUCCGAUAAGGCACCUAUUAUUGAUAACUUUAAGAAGUUGGGUGUAAAUUUAGUCACAGGAGAUCUUUACAAUCAUGAAAGUUUAGUGAAGGCGAUUAAAGAAGUAGAUGUGGUGAUCUCCACCGUUGGUGCCUUUCAGUUGGCGGAUCAAGUUAAGAUCAUUGAUGCUAUUAAGGAAGCUGGUAACGUUAAGAGAUUCUUUCCGUCGGAAUUUGGCGUGGACGUGGACCGUACAAGUGCCGUGGAGCCUGCAAAAUCGACGUUCGAUGUCAAAGUACAAAUACGACGAGCAACUGAGGCUGCCGGAAUUCCCUACACAUUUGUGUCAGCUAACUUAUUUGCUGGCUACUUUAUCCCUACUUUCUCUCAACCUGGUGCCACUGCCCCUCCAAGAGACAAAGUUGUCAUUUUAGGUGAUGGAAAUGUCACAGCUGUAUAUAACAAGGAAGAGGAUAUUGGAAGCUACACCAUUUUAGCAGCAGAUGAUCCAAGAACCCUAAACAAGAUCCUUUACAUCAAGCCUCCUGGUAACAUUUACUCCUUUAAUCAGCUUGUUUCCUUGUGGGAGAAAAAGAUUGGUAAAACCCUUGAGAAGGAAUAUGUUCCUGAAGAACAAAUCUUGAAGAAUAUACAAGAAUCACCAGUACCAAUCAACAUAUUUCUGGCAAUAUCCCAUGCUGUAUUUGUGAAUGGUGAUACAACUAGGAUUAAAAUCGAAGCUUCUUUUGGAGUGGAAGCUUCAGAGCUUUAUCCUGAUGUCAAAUACACCUCUGUGGAUGAAUACCUCAACCAAUUUGUUUAGCUUUUAAUUCAAGAUGCAAUAUCUUCUUUUCAAUGAAACAAGCUAAGUACAACAAAAUGAGCAAGUAUAAUACAAUAUAUGUAAUCAUCAAUUGUCUUGUGAUGUAUUCUUGGAUAAUUAAAUAAUAACUUUUUACCAUGUAUGUAUUAUUGGAGGGAUAAUUAAAAUACAGUAAGUAAGCAUUAAGGAUAAUGCAAGUAGGUUGCAUUAAGAAUACGAUAAAUAGGAAUUAAUCUUCAAUGAGAUAGCUUAAGAUACGUCUCUCAAAAAAACAAUCUACCAAGAGACUAGCUGAUGCAAACUAGUACUUACUCUUCAACAGAAAUAAGAGUCAAUUUUAUUAAUUGUAUUUGUACUUAAAUUUAAUCCUUUCACAUUUGGC